AUGGCAUCCCACGAUUUCGAAAAAGUCAUUGAGAUGGCUUGCACAGACCUAGAUAUUGUUGGUUGUGCGUUGCUGGCUACCAAUCGCGAUGGCUCAUUCACUUAUGCAAAGUCUUUCGGAAAAGCUGCCAUCGGCGGGGAUGAGCUUUUCCAGGUCGAUACUGUCGCAUGGAUAGGGUACGUCCACGAGUCCAACUCAUCAUGCACCAAACUCCUCACCUCCCUCGCAGCCCUUCACCUGGUCUCCACCAACAACCUCUCCCUCGACGACCCCGACCUCCUCCCCAAGCACAUCCCCGAACUCGCCUCCAAAUCCAUCCUCCUCCGCCCAGGCGAAGACGGCACGCCCCGCGAAGGCCCCCGCACCAAGCCCAUCACCCUGCGCCACCUGCUCACGCACACUUCCGGCCUCGUCUACGACUCGAUGACCCCGCCCAUGAUUGCGUGGGCAAAAGCAAACAACAAGGACACCCAACGUGGCGGCACGGUCCUCGAGCGCUUCGACAGCCCACUCGCCUUCGAGCCCGGCGCCAGCUGGAUGUACGGCCCGGGCAUCGACUACGCGGGUUUGCUCGUUGAGCGCGUGUCCGGCAAAACGCUGGAGGAGUACUUGAAGACGCAUAUUCUGGGGCCGGUUGGCGUCAAGGACAUGACGUUCCACCUGUCCAAGCGGCGGGACUUGAAAGAGCGACUCGCACCUUUUGCUUACCGCACCGCUGGCGGCAAAGUCGCCGCCACGCCCGAAAAACCCGAGCACGUGACAACACCGUACCUCGACCACGAGGGCAACGAAGUCUCGGGCUGCUUCGGUGGGCAGGGCCUAUUCGCCACCGCCGAGGAAUACAUCAAGGUGCUUCGCGGCGUGCUGGACGGAUCCCUCAUCCCAUCCUCCCUCGCCGAGGACUUCUUCUCGCCGCAGCUCAACCAGGCGCAGGCCGAUGCCAUGAACGAACUCCUGCAGAUCGACCAGGCGAACAACGUCAUGGGCUACACGAGGAAGAACGUGCGCAAGAACUGGGGGCUGGCGGGCUUGAUGCUGGAUGCGGAUGACCACGCCAAGGGCAGGACGGCGGGCACGAUGGUCUGGGCUGGGAUGCCGAUGCAGCAGUGGUUCGUCGAUCGGAAGACAGGCCUGUGUGGGUUUUUUAUGACGCAGAUUUUGCCUACGGGGGAUCAGAAGGCUGCGGAAUUGUCGGGUGUGUUCGUGGAUGGGGUUUAUGCGCUUGUUUCCGAGGGCCGAAAGGAGAACGGGCGUCUCUGA